CGUCGCCUCUUUUUCCACAUCCUCGCGAUUCGCCCGAUCCAGCAACGCCCUGCCCUUUUCCAGCGCCCAGAGCCUCCAACGCCUUGCGCUCCGCUGCCUGGACCUCAGCCCAGUUUCCGUGCAGAGAGAGGCGAGCGCUGGUGCGGGAGGCCAUGCCGCGCAGAUGACCCCGGCAGCAACAGAGUUCCCCUAUUUGCACGAAACAAGUUGAGUUUGCGCCUGCAUCGACUAGAGAUCCAUCAUGGGCGGCCUACUCUUACUCGUGGGCCUAUGUAUUGUCAUGGCAGUGGCUUCGUUUCUAGCCGGAGCCCUGCCAUUGUCGAUGACACUUUCACAAUCACAGCUUCGUUUAAUAUCAAGCAUUGGAGUUGGCGUGUUGGUUGGGACAUCUCUUAUCGUUAUUAUACCCGAGGGCAUUGAAACCGCGGUUACGCCUGGAGAAGCCUCUCAUCUUCACAAAGUGCGAAGUCUAGUGCGAAGAUCGCCAUGGGCCCUCGGAAUCGAACCCCGAGAUAUCAUCGAAACAUUCCCCGUUGUGCGGACUGCCGCCGCUCGAGAUGUGAUACCAAGCAGCGACUUGGCUAGCAUUUCACCACGAGUCCAAGUUUCACAGAGCUAUCAAGCUAUCAAAAGACAAAAUGAAGAAGAAGAGCAGCCGCAGGAACCACCCCAGCCCGCCCCAGAGCAGGAAGAAGACGAACACAAAGAAGACGAAACGGAGCACGCGCACAGCCAUGAGGUUCCAACGCUUGAAAUUGGAUUCUCCAUGAUUGCUGGCUUCAUACUCAUGUUCCUCAUCGACCGACUUCCCAGACACGCCACAGAGAGCCUACGGUCUGGACCAGAGACCCACCAUAUGAGCCUGGAUGACCUUGGAGGGGGCGAUACGGCAUCCAUUGAUGAGGAGGCGGACGGUUUCCUGAACUCGUUGGCGCCAAGCCCUCGAAAAGCGCGGAGCUUGGCAACAACUACCGGAUUGGUGAUCCACGCCGCAGCCGACGGUAUCGCCAUGGGAGCAUCAGCAACAUCAUCCAAUAUGCGACUGGGCUUCGUCAUCUUUAUUGCCAUCAUGAUCCACAAGGCCCCCGCCGCCUUUGGUUUGACUUCAGUGUUGCUGAAGCAAGGACUGUCAAAACGGGCAGCUCGGGGUCACUUGGUGAUAUUCAGCUUGGCCGCACCCGUUGGUGCUGUUUCAACAUGGAUCAUGAUCACGCUGCUUGGUGGUGAUCACUUGCAGGGAAACUCGGGCCAAUGGUGGACAGGCAUGCUGUUGCUAUUCUCAGGAGGAACGUUCUUAUACGUUGCAAUGCAAGCUAUGCAGGAGGACGGCAGUAGUCACAGCCACGAGCACGGCUCCGGCGCGAACGGCUACUCGGAUGCAAACUCUGCACAUCAGCGAAAGUCAAAGGGCCCCCAGAUGCGAGAUACGAUUGCCACGGUUGUGGGCAUGGGGAUUCCACUUCUUGCGCAACUGGGUCACUAGAGGUUUCGCUGGAUAUCUGCGUUUUUACAUACAGACAUGUAUAUGUACUGGAUAUCAAAAGAGAUCCAGCAGAAAGGAAAUGGUUCAGUUAUUUCUUUCUUAUUAUUUCUUUCUUAUUAUAAAAAUGCAUUUACUACGGGAAGAUUUGCUACAUAUGUAGACGGAUUUGCGAAUAGUUAUAGAGUUAUCAUGUCGAACGGUUGACAUUGUUGGUUGCUUUGAUGGCUUAUCAUGCGCAGCACAUCAUUUUAUAGAGCACGAUAGAUGUCUGGCAUAGCUUGGCAGGGACAAAAGCAUUGGUACUUGUAAUUGAAUCAUUUGACUACUA